GUAACGAUUGCACGGCAGGCCGGCUGCUUAUGCUUCACGUGGGGUCUCUUUGACAGUGAGGCUAAGUUAAAUCCUUCUCUUCAAUGAUUCAACAUGAGUGGACACCAUACAUGUUCAUAGGGCUAUUGUCAAAAUGUCCUCAGGUGUGUCUGAAAUAUUGGUCUCAGACGAUGUCCAGGACCUCAACAUCCCUGCGAAGAGACAGAAGAUCUGUUACGAUGUCGAUGAUUCAGAUUUUGACAAUCCGCCUGGCGCAAAGAACGGCAAUAAAAGAAGAGACACGACGCCCAUUAAUAAAUGGCGGGAAAUUCAAGAUGUCCACAGGCCCGACGUGUCACCAAACAAAGUUGCGGAAUGCUUGUUUGUUGACAAGAAUGUUCCAAAGCCAGUUAACCAUGUAAAUGAGGAUGACCCAGGCCGCACUGAUGACGACUUCCGACUACCAGCCUUGAAGAUGCCGGAGGUUUUCGAUUUUUCGAGUCUGAGCUACGAAGAUCGGCGUGAUGGCAUCUUGAAGAUUUUGUUGUACCACAAACCACAUCACGACGUCCAGCAAACAUUUGCCUACUAUGUUGCCGAUAACACGUCAGAGCUGAGGGGUUAUCAAGCCGUAUGGCGAUCAGUGGAUCUUGCUUGUGACUUGCUGGUUCAGAUGGAUGUAGUGCUACGGGAGUCGUUUCCAAUCAUGAUGACUGUGGAGAAAGCCGAGCCAUUCUGUUGCCUCCCAGGUUCCACCAGUGUUUCUGUCACGGAGGAACAAGUCAAUUCUUACCUGAAGGAUCACAACUACAAAGUGAAUGUAAUAGAGUUGUUCCCAGUCCAUGUUGACUCUGGCGACAUCGAUGAGGCGGCAUUGGUUGUAGAACACACAAGGUUUUUCUUCACCUACAUAUGGCGUCUCAGUGACGUUUUCAACUUCAUGUAUGGAAUUCGCAAGUUUGUCCAACACCAUUUCCAACCAAGAUUGAAACUAUAUUUUGAUGUCAUGGAGAAAAAUGUCUCCCCUGGACUAACACUCAAGUACCAGAACACUAUAACAGAAUACCAGACAAAGUUCCGAGUGCUCCGCAAAAAGCAAGACUACAUAGAAAAGUAUGAUGAAGUUGGGUACAGUGACACAGACAGUGACAGUGACAAGGAUGUUGACCAUAAUGUUAGCAGAGACAAAGACACAAGUGAAAAGAGUGGGGACAAUAAAAAGGAUGCUGACAGGCAGAAUUGUAACAGUGACAAGGACAAUGGCAAUACAUGUCAUACUGAUAAAGUUAUGGACAGUGACAUACGGGUAGAGAUUGAUGAGCAAGAUCAGGGCAUUUCCAUCGAGAGUGACAAGAACCUAGUCUAUGUGGACAUGGAUGACAGUGACAAACAUAAGGAGGACAUUGACAGUUUUGGUGACAAAGAGCAAAAGAGUGACCAAGGUGAGCUUGGGGACCACAGCAAUAACGGCAAAUGUGGCGACAUCUCCAAAAUGAGGGAUAAUGACCAGGACAGCCAAACCAGUGACCUUCCUACAAAGACGUUGCCUGAGCUAGAAGUCUACAAGAUUGCACAACUGUGGAAGGAUAUUGAGAUUCUGGAAGGAGAUUUGGAAAUGAUGGAGAACCCUGUAAUGAGGCACCUGAUGGAGAUUCCUAGGGGUGACGUGGAAUGGAAGCUGAAGUCGGCUGUGGAGAGUCGUCAAACGCGAUGCCACAAGGAGCCAGUAACACACAUUGUUGCUGAGAAAAUUACUCUUGGCAUGAUGCAGGACCUUCAGCUGCCUGAGGAGACAGUAGUAGAGACGCAUGCCACACCCGCGUCAGCUGUAGCCAGUUGCUAUGACGAUGACACUAUUCUCAUUCUGCCCGGGACCUACCCUGGAGACGGUCUCAAUAGCAUUGUACGGUCUGUCACAAUAAGAGGUAUUGGAGGUCCAGAGGAUGUUGUGAUCGUCAGCAAGUGUCGAGAUCCUGAAGAUGACUUGUUUGUAGGCUGUUGUGGUCGCAGUCUCUCCAUGAGCAACAUGACCUUCAUCGAUCAGAGUGACUCCACCCACUUUAGGGGACUCCUUGAGGUGGUCUCUGGGUCAACACAACUGACCAACUGCCGGUUUCUCUGCAGUUCCACUGGAGUGGUUGUAACCCAUUGUCAUUUGGAUAUCCAAGACUGUGAAAUCUACGGAGCUCAGGCCCCAGGCCUCCAUGCAUUCCAAGGAUCCAAACUCCACGUGAAAGGCUGCUACAUCCAUGAUUGCGGCAAGGGCAGCGAGACGGUAAUGGCGGAGGAUAUGUGCGGAGUCCGUAUCGAUUCCCUACAACAGCUGGAACGAAAAGUUCCCAGAAGCAGUACAUCAGUGAACAUCCAAGGCUGUAAGAUUCAACGCAGCGCUGGACCGGGGCUUCUACUCAAGAUUUACUCUUUGGACAAACAAGAGGUGGCAAAGACUACUGACCUCAGUGACCUUUGCUCUCUGACCUGCCGUGACCUUCAGGUCACUGACAAUGAUUUCAGUGGAAAUGCCAUGGGUGUGGCUAUGAUAACAUACUAUAAAUUAAAAGAAUGGUGAUUACAAAACAAGACUAACAAUUAAAAAAGUAACUCGAAAAAAAAUACUCUGUAAUUGUUCCAAAUUUAUUGCAUUUUCUUGCAGUUAUUGAUAGCAUGUUUAGGAGCUCAUGAAUGAUAUAAAAUAUGUUCUUAAUAGAUUUAUAGCUUUAUUGUUCAGAGAAAUAAUGAUAAAUGUGGAACAACAGUUUGAUACAACCAUUUUGCCAGGCGAAAACAGUGAUUGAAUUUGCAGAUACUCACCCCCAUAAAAAGUGGAAAAAUAAUUCAUAAAAGGUGCAAAUAUUACUCACAAACAAUGUAAAGAGGAACAAACAAAUUUACGUAAAUAACAAGCAGUCUAACCCCCCGCCAGAGUUUAAGAAGCCAUUACUAGGAUGGUCUGACCAGACCAACAGGCAGGUGAUAUGCAUACGUCCUUCACACUUCAGGUGUACCUUUCCAAAAUGUACACUUCAAGGGGUAAAGGUGUGAACUAGCAUUCGAGUGAAUUUCACUGUAGGAAUGUCAUCUCCUUGGCAAAUUUACUGCUGCAUUUGAAGAUUUUGACAAGAAAUCAUGUACUUCGACAGAAAGUAGAUGCAGCAAUCUUGCUGCUUACUCAAAGUUGCUCAAAGGUGUGGCUUAAGCUAUCAGUUUAUAUUUACUGAAACCCCGCCGUUUUGUCAUGGCAUGUCUGGUUUGGGGUUUCAGGUUUCUGCAACGUUUCAAAUGUACACUUGCAUUCUAAAAAGGAAAACACAGACACACACUCAGAAAAAAACCAGAGCAACUCUUGCUGUAUGUUUGAAAGUAAAUUAAACUCGAGUCUUUUGGACGUGCACGGUAUAAGCUCUUUAUGAAGUACAUCUGUGUUGAUAGAAACGAAUGACUUUAUUUUGGUUGAAAUAUUUCGUUUGUCAGAUCGUUGAAAUUGUGAAAAACUUUCAAUAAAAACUCUCCAAAACUUGAACAUGUAUUAAUCUCCGAGUUGUCCUUGCUGCAUUGAUGAAAUUUAAGAAUGUAUGAAUACUUUUUAGUUGCACACGAUAACUUUUUUGGGAGGGGGAGGACACGAAUGUAAAUUUUGACUUCUCUGUGGAAAAUACAUAUCUUUCAAGUUUCACACAGGAUUCUGGAACUUAUAAUAACGAGCUUUGUUGCUGGAUACUUUUGACACUUAUGUAAUUCAUAAUCAUAUGAAUAAACCAAGGAUGAAUAUAUAUCAGAUAUAGGCUUAAUGGAUUUAACUAAAAAUAAAACUCGUGUGACAGUCAAAUCUAACUACGGUGCCGUAAGAAUGUAUUUAACAUUAUUUUUGCGUAUUAAAAACAAAACCAGUUUGCAUAAAUACAUGUGUUUCAAUACGUAUAAAAACCUCUUCACUUCGGAGACGUAUUAAUUAUCGCCUCACACACAAUAUAUAUAUUUUUUUCUCGAACAUACGUGAACUUGAAACUCGCGUACGUACUCGAUACUGUCACGUACAUGCACUUACGUGGUAGUUUUAGCGUCACGCACGGACGUGACAGUUUCACGUACGUGCCUGUCAGCUUCAUGUACGUAUGUGAUAGUUUCACCUACUUGCGAAAAA